CCUCACCUCAGGGCGCUCGUCCCUCCAACUGGCCAAGCCCAGCUCUCUCUCACCUGGCGUUUUUACUUGGUGCCCCUGUCCACGUCCGCCUCCACGUCCGUUGGAAUCUCAAAAAGUUGUCCAGUUCUGUUGUUCACACCAGGUACGGCCGUCCUCCUUUCUUCAGCUGCCAUUGAUCUACCCGCCCCUUUCACGUCCUAUUCUUCGCCUUUACAUCUGCGUGCAAUCUAUCCCAACUUGUCAAAUUCUUGGAGAUAAACCCGCUGGUCGUUCGUUGAACAUUGCGUAGCGUGCACUCUCAUUCUCUUGUCUCUCUUGUCACCUCCCAUCCUUCAUCAAUCAUCUCUUACAAGGGCCCCAUACAAAACGUACCCAUAAGGUUGGUACCAAAUCUAGGCUGGCCUGCCCUUCAUCUCCAAAGCCACCUUCCAUCUUCCUCGUCUCCUACUCUUCCAUCUUCUCAUCCCCUACCUCGACGACCAACGCGAAGCAGACGACGACGACGACGACGACUACGAUCGAGACAGCGAUAGUAGCGAGUCCGACACACAAGACAGGCCAACGGUAUUUGCCUCUGGCAAUCACCAUAAGCAAUCUCUCUCGCAACUCUUGCCCACUCGCUUGCCCAUGAAUCUCACGAAUUGCUCCGAGCUCCCAGCCCUAGACCUACCGAAUCCCAUCCGCCAAUCUUCCCGGGAAUACUAGUUCUCCUCCAUCGCCAUCUCCGGUACUUAGUUCAUCGAUCACCUUCGAAGCUGUCACAAUGUCGGAGAACUACGAUGUCGGAACGCGGGCGUGGCAGCCCGAUGCUACAGAGGGCUGGGUCGCGUCCGAGGUUGUCAACAAGACCCAGGAUGGCUCAAAGGUUAAGCUUGUUUUCAAGCUGGACAAUGGUGAGGAGAAGACGGUUGAGGUCACCGCCGAGGCACUCCAGAAAGGCGAUUCAUCCCUGCCUCCCCUGAUGAAUCCGACCAUGCUCGAGGCCAGCGACGACUUGACGAAUUUGUCCCAUCUCAACGAGCCUGCAGUCUUGCAAGCCAUCCGCCUUCGAUAUGCCCAGAAGGAAAUUUACACAUACAGUGGAAUCGUCCUGAUUGCGGCGAACCCUUUCGCGAGAGUAGACUCGCUCUACGUCCCAGGCAUGGUCCAGGUCUAUGCUGGCAAGCAGAGAGCAACGCAAGCACCGCACUUGUUCGCCAUUGCAGAAGAAGCUUUCAUUGAUAUGGUGCGAAGCGGAAAGAACCAGACUGUUGUCGUGUCUGGAGAGUCCGGUGCUGGAAAAACGGUCAGCGCCAAGUACAUUAUGCGAUACUUCGCAACCAGAGAAUCCCCUGACAAUCCGGGAACGCGGUCCAAAAAAGGCGCCGAAGCUAUGAGCGAAACAGAAGAACAGAUCUUGGCUACGAAUCCCAUCAUGGAGGCCUUCGGAAACGCAAAGACAACGCGCAACGAUAACUCGUCACGAUUCGGCAAAUACAUAGAGAUUAUGUUCGACGACAAAACCAACAUCAUUGGUGCUAAGAUUCGCACCUACCUCUUAGAACGAUCCAGACUUGUCUUCCAACCCCUGAAGGAGCGCAACUACCACAUUUUCUACCAGCUUGUUGCCGGUGCCUCUGACAAGGAGCGUCAGGAUCUGCAUCUGCUGCCCAUUGAGGAGUUUGAGUAUCUCAACCAGGGUAACUGCCCAACGAUCGAUGGCGUGGAUGAUAAGGCCGAGUUUGAGGCCACAAAGGCGUCUCUGCGGACAAUUGGUGUCACCGACGCACAACAGUCGGAGAUCUUCAAACUCCUGUCUGGUUUGCUGCACCUCGGCAACAUCAAAAUUGGAGCCUCACGCAACGAUAGUGUCCUCGCGCCUACAGAGCCCUCACUUGAAUUGGCUUCAUCGAUUCUAGGUGUCAACGGAACUGAGUUUGCCAAGUGGAUCGUCAAAAAGCAGCUGGUCACCAGAGGCGAAAAGAUUACGUCAAACUUGACGCAGGCUCAAGCCAUUGUCGUCCGUGAUUCGGUAGCGAAGUUCAUCUACUCCAGCCUUUUCGACUGGCUCGUCGACAUCAUCAACCACAGUCUGGCAACUGAAGAAGUCUUGAAUCGCGUCAUCUCAUUCAUUGGUGUGCUUGAUAUUUAUGGCUUUGAGCACUUCGCCAAGAACUCUUUCGAGCAGUUCUGCAUUAACUACGCCAAUGAGAAGCUACAGCAAGAAUUCAACCAACACGUUUUUAAGCUGGAGCAAGAGGAGUAUCUAAGGGAAAAGAUCGACUGGACUUUCAUCGAGUUUUCCGACAAUCAACCAGCUAUUGAUCUUAUCGAAGGCAAGCUCGGUAUCCUGUCCCUGCUGGACGAAGAGUCCCGUCUUCCCAUGGGCUCCGACGAGCAAUUUGUCACGAAACUGCACCACAACUACGGCACCGACAAGCACAAGUUCUACAAAAAGCCUAGAUUCGGCAAGUCCGCUUUCACUGUGUGCCACUAUGCUGUGGAUGUCACCUACGAAUCUGAGGGUUUCAUCGAAAAGAAUCGGGACACCGUGCCUGAUGAGCAUAUGGCGGUUCUCCGUGCCUCGACGAAUAAGUUCCUCCGCGAUGUUUUGGAUGCAGCUUCUGCCGUGCGUGAAAAGGACGUCGCCUCCGCUUCAUCGAGCUCAGUGAAGCCCGCCGCUGGUAGGAAGAUCGGCGUGGCUGUCAACAGAAAGCCGACGCUGGGAGGUAUCUUCCGUUCUUCGCUCAUCGAGCUCAUGAACACCAUCAAUAACACAGACGUUCACUACAUUCGUUGCAUCAAGCCUAACGAGGCGAAAGAGGCGUGGAAGUUCGAGGGCCCCAUGGUCCUCAGUCAGUUGCGGGCCUGUGGUGUUCUCGAGACUGUUCGCAUAAGUUGCGCUGGUUACCCUACUCGAUGGACAUACGAGGAGUUUGCCCUGCGCUACUACAUGCUUAUCAACUCGGACCUGUGGGCGUCAGAGAUUCGGGAAAUGGCCAACGCUAUCCUUACCAAGGCACUUGGCACCAGCUCUGGCAAAGGUUCCGAUAAGUACCAGCUGGGCCUCACCAAGAUCUUUUUCCGUGCCGGCAUGCUCGCCUUCCUCGAGAACCUGCGUACAAACCGUCUCAACGAUUGCGCCAUUCUCAUUCAAAAGAACCUCCGUGCUAAGUUCUACCGCCGUCGCUACCUCGAGGCCCGCAAAGCCAUCGUGACUUUUCAGUCCGCAGUGCGAGCCUACAACGCGCGGAAGCAAGUCCAGGAGCUCCGCACCGUCAAAGCUGCAACAACAAUACAGCGGGUUUGGCGUGGUCAACGGCAAAGAAAGGAGUACAUACGCAUCAGGAACGAUGUCGUCCUGGCGCAAGCGGCGGCCAAAGGUUACCUUCGACGAAAAGAAAUCAUGGAGACCCGCGUAGGUAAUGCGGCUAUGCUCAUCCAGCGUGUGUGGCGGUCUCGACGACAGGUCUUGGCUUGGAGGCAAUACAGGAAGAAGGUCACUCUUAUUCAGAGCCUGUGGCGUGGUAAACUCGCCCGUCGGGAUUACAAGAAGACUCGGGAGGAAGCCCGUGAUCUGAAGCAGAUCUCGUACAAGCUCGAAAACAAGGUCGUCGAGCUGACACAAUCUCUCGGCACCAUGAAGGCACAGAACAAGAACUUGUCGUCACAGGUGGAGAACUAUGAGGGCCAAAUCAAGGCGUGGAAGAACCGCCACAAUGCCUUGGAGGCUCGGACGAAGGAGCUCCAGACCGAGGCCAACCAGGGUAGCAUUGCAGUUGCUAGGCUGCAGGCAAUGGAGGACGAGAUGAAGAAGCUCCAGCAGAGCUUCGAGGAAUCAACGUCCAAUAUCAAGAGAAUGCAGGAGGAAGAGCGGGAGCUGAGAGAAUCUUUGCGCUCCACGAGCACAGAGCUAGACACUGUUCGUCAACAGAGUGCACAGAUCGAGAGCGAGAAGCUUUCACUGCGCCAGCAGCUCGCCGAACUCCAAGAUCAGCUGGAACUGGCAAGAAGGCUAGCCCCGACCAACGGCGAGCUUGCCAACGGGGCUGUCCAGGCGCCGCCGUCGGCAGCGCCUGGCCUCAUCAAUCUUGUGUCCUCCAAGAAACCGAAGAGGAGGAGUGCUGGUGCCGAACCCAGCACAGCUGUGGACCGCUUCAGCGCUGCUUAUAAUCCCCGUCCCGUUUCGAUGGCCAUCACCAGCACUGCCCACAGACAGAACCUGCAGGGCACAGGCUUCAUGCCUGGUGUCGAUAACAUCGAGCUCGAGCUCGAGACGCUCUUGGCUGAUGAAGAUGGUCUAAAUGAGGAGGUCACCAUGGGUCUUAUCCGUAAUCUCAAGAUUCCUUCGCCCAACACCAAUCCACCACCGUCUGACAAGGAGGUUCUUUUCCCCUCUUAUCUCAUCAACUUGGUUACCUCCGAGAUGUGGAACAAUGGCUUUGUCAAGGAGUCAGAGCGCUUCCUCGCCAAUGUCAUGCAGUCGAUUCAGCAGGAAGUCAUGCAGCAUGACGGCGAUGAGGCCAUCAACCCGGGGGCCUUCUGGCUCUCCAACGUGCAUGAAAUGCUGUCGUUCGUUUUCCUUGCAGAAGACUGGUACGAAGCGCAGAAGACGGAUAACUAUGAGUACGAUCGUCUUCUGGAAAUUGUCAAGCACGACUUGGAGAGUUUGGAGUUCAAUAUCUACCACACCUGGAUGAAGGUCUUGAAGAAGAAGCUGCAGAAGAUGAUCAUCCCCGCCAUCAUUGAGUCUCAGUCGCUUCCGGGCUUUGUCACCAACGAAAGCAGUCGUUUCCUUGGCAAACUUCUGCAGUCCAACUCUACUCCCGCCUACAGCAUGGACAACCUGCUUAGCUUACUCAACAGCGUGUUCCGCGCCAUGAAGGCCUACUACCUCGAAGACUCUAUCAUUACGCAGACCAUCACUGAACUCCUUCGUCUCGUUGGCGUCACCGCCUUCAACGACCUCCUGAUGAGACGCAACUUCCUCUCCUGGAAGCGUGGUCUUCAGAUCAACUACAACAUCACGCGUAUCGAGGAGUGGUGUAAGAGUCACGAUAUGCCCGAAGGCACUCUGCAAUUAGAGCACUUAAUGCAAGCAACGAAGCUUCUUCAAUUGAAGAAGGCAACACUGAAUGAUAUUGAGAUUAUUCAGGAUAUCUGCUGGAUGCUGUCGCCCAACCAGAUUCAAAAGCUCCUAAACCAGUACUUGGUCGCAGACUAUGAGCAGCCCAUCAACGGCGAGAUCAUGAAGGCUGUUGCCUCCAGAGUCACGGAAAAGAGUGAUGUACUGCUGCUCCAGGCUGUCGACAUGGACGACAGUGGACCGUACGAGAUUGCCGAACCCAGAGUCAUCACCGCUCUAGAGACUUAUACUCCUUCAUGGCUUCAAACCCCACGACUGAAACGUCUUGCUGAGAUUGUGUCUGCUCAAGCAAUUGCUCAGCAAGAGAAGCUCGAGUACGAUCCCGAGGACGACUUCGAGCCCAACGGCGACCUCGCCGAGGUUGAUGAGGAAGAUGUGGCCGCAUAACCGUGUACAGCCAAACGAUAUUAGAAGAUGACCUUGUCUGUCUUGAUAAGUAGACAGGUAGGCGAUAGAGCCUGCCCUGUAGAGUGUUCUGUCCUUAUUCUGCUCGCUGGUCUCUACCUAGGACUGGCCACUGAAAUGAUGACGACUAUCAAGUGAGCGGUGGCCAGGAAUGGGUGGUGGUGUGUCGGUAGCUUCUUUAGGGAGCUAAGCCUGGGGAUUUACUACGUCAGGUUCUCGCAUGGAUAAUGUAGAAAGAAGCAAUAGUUGUGAUGGCGUCCAGUCUCAUCGUGGAUGUUGCCGAUUGAGUGAUUAAGAGGAAGUGGGGAAGAUAGGGGGUUGGAAAGACUUGUGUAACAAACACACUCUCCCAGCCUAUUCAUAUUCGAAAGUUUGGGGGGGACGGCGGCUCAGACCCUGUAAAAGUAGCGCCCAAUCUGUUUCCUAUUCACGUAGCAAGCAUUCAAGUGGCAGAGGCGGG